AGAGAAGAAGAGUCGUUCGUAUUUAAAACAUGGGCAUGAAUACUUUGACCUCAAUAAAGGGACUUUUUUGUGAUUGUCAAUUACAUUCAUAUUCUUCUUUUUCCAACCUUACGCAAUUGUGCAGACCCGAUUAAUCAGACGGUGGUUCCAUACAAUGAAAAAACUCGAGAUUGGAACCAAAAUUAUGUAUCCGAAAGUGAAAGCUGACAACGAAGCUUGUAAUUACAAGCAGAGGAGUUCUUGUCUGAACUCGAACUAUCUCCAAACUCGUGUCUCUGAGAAUAAUCAAGAAGAUGAUUUUCAAAUACAUGUAGCUAAGAUUCCUAAGAUUUACAUACCAAGUGUGCUCAUGUCUGAAAGUGAAUCCAAAGAAAUGAAUAAGCGUAUUAGAGGAGCUGACAUUGAAGUAAAACCAACAACCAAAGCCAGUCCGAUCUUACGCCCACGCGCUGUUGUUUCAAGUCCCGAUAAUGAUGCAAUGAUCGGCAACAUAAACAUGAUUGAAGAAAGGAAAGCUAAGAAGGGUUUGAAGAGUGAUGAUCAUAUCAGGAGCAGAGCUUCUCAGCCUAAGAAUAUUGAUACUAAUGUGAAGAUUUCUCAUCGUAUAGUCGCUAAGCAAUCAGGAGUCAAUUCAAGGGAUCACAAAUGAUCAACUUGUUUAUUGAUGAUGCCCGGCGAGACUGAACUAUAUACUAAUUCAUUCAAGUAGUAUAGUCGCUUUUAAGUUUUUUUUACCUUUCACCACGUUUUUGAAAAGUAGUACUGCUAUAUAUGAUGCACAUGUUAAAAAUAUAACUGAAAAUUAAAUAAAAAGUCAUCCAUCUAUUCAAAAUAUA